CUUCUUUCCCCGGAAGUGGAAGAAGAACGGAAGCCGAGGUGGGCUCAAGAAGGUUUGUUGUAGGUUCGCCUUCUUCUAAUUGUGUUCGAAAGAGGGGGAAAAAAAAAGAGAGAGAGCCGAACCCAGCGGCAGGGCUUCCCAUCGCGAUAGUGCUUGCGCGCGUGGCUGCGCCGGGGCUACGGGUGGUGGAGGAAGGUGGCGGUAGCUGCUGCUUCCACCGCUGCAGCCAUGGAAGAUGAUGCUCCCGUGAUUUAUGGGCUGGAAUUCCAGGCACGAGCACUGACACCUCAAACUGCAGAAACUGAUGCAAUACGAUUUCUUGUUGGAACUCAGUCUCUUAAAUAUGAUAAUCAGAUUCACAUCAUUGAUUUUGAUGAUGAAAAUAAUAUUAUAAACAAAAAUGUUCUUCUGCACCAAGUUGGUGAAAUUUGGCACAUAAGUGCCAGUCCAGCAGAUAAAGGUGUAUUUGCAACCUGCUAUAAUAAAACUUCAGACAGUAAAGUCAUGACAUGUGCGGCUGUUUGGAGGAUGCCGAAGGAAUUGGAAUCAGGCAAUCAUGAAUCCCCUGAUGAUUCAUCAAGCAAUGCUCAAAUCCUGGAGCUACUCUGUCACCUUGACAACACAGCCCAUGGCAAUAUGGCCGGAGUUGCAUGGGAACCGAUGGGAGAUGGAAAAAAGUUGAUUUCUCUGGCUGAUAAUCACUUGCUUCUAUGGGAUUUACAACAAAGUUCAACGAAGGCUGUGCUGUCAAAUUCAGUUGCAUUGGAAGGGAAAGGACAGCUAAAGUUUACAUCUGGAAAAUGGAGUCCUCACCACAACUGUACUCAGAUUGCCACAGCCAAUGACGCCGCCAUUCGAGGAUGGGAUAUACGAACUAUGAACCAAAUAUAUUGUAUAGAAAAUGCUCACGGACAGCUGGUGCGGGACCUAGAUUUUAAUCCCAACAAACAGUACUAUCUGGCUAGUUGUGGAGAUGACUGCAAGGUGAAAUUCUGGGACACCAGAAAUGUCAAUGAGCCAGUGAAGACACUGGAAGAACAUUCCCACUGGGUUUGGAAUGUGCGUUACAAUCAUUCUCAUGACCAGUUAGUACUUACUGGCAGCAGUGACAGCAGAGUCAUUCUUUCCAACAUGGUAUCAAUUUCUUCUGAACCUUUUGGACACUUGGUAGAUGAUGAUGAACUUAGUGAUCAAGAAGACCGUCAACAAGAUGACAAGAUUAAAGAGCCACUUCAGGAUAGCAUAAUAGCUACCUACGAAGAGCAUGAAGAUAGCGUCUAUGCUGUGGAAUGGUCCUCAGCCGACCCGUGGCUAUUUGCCUCGUUAAGUUAUGAUGGACGGCUUGUUAUUAACAGAGUCCCCAGAGCUCUUAAAUACCACAUACUGUUAUAAAUCUAUUCACAUUUUUUGAGCUUCAUUAUCUCAAUAUUGGCUGAUAAUUGGAAAUACUCCUUAAAUAAAUGCCAUAGAUGGAAUAUCA